AUGAACGGAGAAGAAAAAUCACGCCUAAACAAACCAAAUAAUGACGAUGAUGAUGAUGAUGAUGAUGAUAAUGGCGACAAUGGUGUUGAUCGUUUACACUAAGACGUCAUUCAGCUUCUAUGCAAACAGAAGCCGAUGACAUCAUAGUGUAAAAGGCUUCAUGAUUAGGAAGGCAAGGUAUAACAAGAGAAGGCAGCAUAUAGAAAUAACUUUAAAGAACUGUCUUAACUAACGUUGAGAUUUCCAUAAUUAAGUCCCUAUAUUCUGCCCUAUCUUCCUAUAUACGUCGGAACUAAUUUGAAAAAUUUGAUACGAAUCAAACCGACGUUUCUUGGAAUUAAGCAAUUGGGAAUGCAAUUGCGAAGACUGUUCCGCGCAGAAGUUGAAUUUCAUCUUAUCUUGGAUCCCAUGUUCGGAUAGACCAGUGUUAAUUAAGACAGUUAUUAAUAUUUAAUAAUUUUAAUUUUAAUUGGCCGGCCGGACUUCUUCUUUGGAGCAACUCCAAGUCAUCAACAACAACAUAAACAACAACAACUUCAUGGACUUUUCAUAUCUUCGCCUUUGGUCUAUUGGAUUGUGGGUCCCAGUAUCAUUGGUCCUUUGGUGAAGGAACAUGACGACAAAUUACAGCAGCCCAUAUAAGGUAGGGCUGAUUGAUGUUGGUACAAAGUUUGCGCAAAGCAGACUCGCUUGGCCUGGAAUAGCGUACGGCAAAUGGAAUUUCCACGGCAAAGUUGUUUCCGUAAGAAGGUUCGUUGCUAACGCAACUUGCACCACAUCAAUCAGCCCAAGUAAGAAUUCAGUGUGGCACAAGGUAUGUGGAAUUUUUUUCUUUGUUAGGAAGUUAGAUUUUCGUAUCGGUCCAUUCGGCUAUUUCCGGUUUUCGAUUCGACUUUCAAUUUGAUUCCGGAUCCGGCUUCGAAUAAUGUGAAGGCUCGGUAUCGAAGGUGUUUCGAUAGCAGGCCGCCAAAUAUCCCUGCGUACCGUCUGGGAGACCCUGGUGUGUCUCAUUCGCGGUGUCAAAGAUAUAUGGAUACAUGUCACACUCCUUGGUCUCACUAAGACGCCAAAUUCUUGUAGGAGCGCACCCCCCAGCAUAAAUAUAGAUUACUUUUGUAAUCGGGAACUGGAUGCAAUAAAAAGACUUAAACUAAUAUGUUGUCUGUGUGAUUUUUUCUUUUAGUUUAAUUCUAAAUUUAUAAAGUAAUUAGUUAUAGGUACUAAUGAUUUUGAUUUGCAGGUAUCUUACAUAAUACUUGUUGUAAUAACACCAUUAAAAAUAAAAUAACAACAACAAAAAACACUGAGUUGUGAGUGUGGUCAUUUUAUAGAGUAAUUAGUUAUAAGUACUAAUGAUGAUUUGAUUUGCAGGUUUCUUACAAAAUACCUGUUGUAAUAAUACCAAUAAAAAUAAAAUAACAACAACAGAAAACACUGAGUUGUGAGUGUGGUCAUUUAACGCAACUACAUACAAGCAUUUACUGAUAUUGUCUCGAGUCAGUGUGUUCUACCGUAAGACACAAACAACUACUAAUUUUUUUCAUUUCAGGUACUAGAACAUCAAAAAUCAUAUUUUUGCGGUUUUUUUGGCUCUACCUCCACUUUUUUCUAGACGGUUAAUGGAAACAUCUCUUUUGGGCGCGCCCUCUCAAGAUCUCCUGUCACGUAUGGCUUUUUCGACGUUAUUUUUUACUACCUUUUGGAUGCGUUCUUGAAGAAACGCAUGGCGCUACCUUUUUGGAAGUCGGUUGUGAAGAGAUGAUUGCAGGCCGGCAUAAAAUUUUUUUAUUAAGGUUAUUGUAACUGACAUGUGCGUACUAAAAGUUGAUGAAAAAUAGAGUUUAACAAACAAAAGAAACUCAUCAACUUGUUUUUUCUCCUUUAAACCUGUAAUAAAUAAUUGUUGUUACGGAGUUGCUUUUCACGAAUAAACAAUAAAGGUUCAUCAACACAAUGCCGCUUCAUCAGUGUAUUUUUUCUAUUAGAACAAUAAGAUUUAACAAGUUUUAUUUCAGGAACUUCGGACGUCAUCUUUUAAAACAUUUUUUCUUCGAACAUCGCCGCCUCGAAGACAUCUUUUUGGGCGCGCCCUUUCAAGACCAAGCACGCUAAACUGAUGAUUUGACGUAUGCUUUCAAGAAGCUCGUUUUUUAUUCGAUGCACUUCUGGUUGCGUUCCUGAAGAAACGCAUGGCGACACUGAUUACUACUGAAAACUAAUUCCAAGUUCUUAAGGUAAGGAAGAUAUUUGUUUCUUUUUCAAUUUUUUUUUAACUGUUACAUUAUCUUUUUUUGUUCCAGAUUUAGUUCGUGAAAGUACCGUUUGCCAGCGCCUAUGGGGUAAAGGACGAAUGAAAAGGACCGUGAGAACAUUAAAUCCGAUUGUGCUGCUUCAUGCACCUAUCAGUCAGAUAUUAAAAAUAAUUCAUUCAGGCUUAAGUGGGAUUCGAACCCACGGUCUUUGUUUAGUUACUGGUGCUCCUAGUCUACCAAAGAGUGACUUUUUCAAGACGUAGCAUCUCAAACGAUCCACUGAAUCUGUUUGAUGAUAGUUGACGGAAUAAAUAUGGAUGUCAGCAGUCAAUUCUAAGGCCUUUAAGAGGAACUGGACUCUGCAAUCGCUUAUUCCUAUGGCUCGGGGCCUCCCCUGUUACUCAACAAAGCAGUGUUUUAA